CUGCUUGCUCUGGCACUGGUGCUGAAUGUUGAUGAGAGGAAAACUUGACUCACUUCCAGAAGUCACUUGACAGAAGUCAUUUGCAGUGAUUCCUUUUAGUACUAUCUUUAUUUAAUUCACUGGCCUGAUGCACAAGUUCCAGGUAAAAGUAAUCGAGAGGUCCGAGCUGAAACCUGGAGUGCGAUGGAAGAGCUCUAUGAGAAAGGUUUGUGUAAAUCAAUUGGCGUAAGCAAUUUUCUUAUCAGCCAUCUUGAGCAGCUGAAGGAGGACUGUGUGAUUACCCCACAUGUUAAUCAGGUUGAAUAUCACCCUUUCCAAAGACCUCAGGAGCUGGUUGAUUAUUGUAGGAGCAGAGAUAUUGUUUUUGAAGGCUACUGUCCUUUAGCCAAAGGUGAAGCACUCAGUCAUCCUACUGUCAUUCAGCUGGCAAGGAAGUACAGCAGAACUCCAGCACAGAUUUGCAUACGCUGGAACAUACAGAAUGGGAUUGUCACUAUUCCAAAGUCAACAAAGGCAGAACGGAUAGAGGAAAACUGCAAGGUGUUUGAUUUUACAAUAGCAGAAGAUGAUGUUGAAAUUCUGAAUGGAAUGCAUGAUGGGAGACAUGUUUCCUGGGAUCCAAGUUUUAUUGUGUGAAUCAAGGUUUUUGAUUCUAAUCUGAAGAAAGAAGAUGUGGAAAUUUUGAGCAUAGUGAAUAUCAACAGAAAAUUAACUCAUCUAACCUAUUCCCUAUGGAAAGAGUAAUUUAAAACCAGAUUGUUCCAAACUGAAAAAGUGAUGUAAUUGAGACAUUAAUUAAUUUUAAACUGAACAAUAAAUCUGAAUUGUUCUUAGGUACCCAGUAUACUCAAGAAUCAAUAUAAAUGGUUUGUAUUUACUCUUAUGAUAACAAAUUAAUAAAAUAAUUUAAUUUACUCUUUGUAGCAUUCUUACAGAUACAGAAAUACUUUCAGCAUCUUCUCUGCUCUCUUGGAACUUUCUGGUAUAGUCUCUCAGUAUGGGUUGAAUUAUCUCACAACAUAAUUUUCUUCUGCCUGCAUGUACUUUGUCAUUUGAACCCAUUUGAACAAAUUAGCUAGACAUAUUUUUUUCCUUACAGAUUUUAAAAAGUAUCAAUUAUUUGAAAGCACAUGAGAGAAUGCUACCAAUACAUGUAAAUCUUGACAAAUUAUUCAAAAUAUGGAAUAUUUGUUCAGGGACUGCAGAAGAAUAAUGAAUCCAACGUUUACAUUUGUUCUA